UGUAGCCGGCGGUGUAGUUGAUUGUUCAGCUGCAUGAUCCUACAUGCUGCAGUUGUUGCUGAAGUUCGACGCGCUAACUGCGAACCGUCAGUGUUUGUCAUAAUUUCUACACAAUGAGCAAACAGCUGGACAAGCUGUCGUUUCUUUCGCUGCGGCGGACCUUGCAAUGUGCUUUUUUACAACCCGCGUCGCACAUGUGCUACACCGCCGGCUCCGUCGCCGCAGCGCUGGCGCGCUCGGACUCAUGCGGCCCUCGCCGGCACGCCAACGUCUCGAGUGUGGCUGGCCACUGAGAACUUAACUACGGUGUAUUACGCGCAGGUAGAGGUAGUCAGUACAACACUGGCAUCGCUCGACCACAUAGACUGACUGGGUGCUUUGCUGGAAGCAAAUGUGAUAUUAUUCCCAGCCAGGUGCCUUUCGCGGCCGGAUUCCGAAUUCCACGGAGGAUGCAUGCGCUACUUCGGCGCGCUCUAUUGUCCGGGCAGCGUUUCCGGAUGUCGUUGUCCGUGGCCCUUCUGACUACCUUUCUGCUCAGCCAUGUCCCGCUGGCGUCCUGCCAAACGGGCUCGACGGGGAUGGGGCAGUACGCGGCGCUGCCGUGGAGUCUGCUGUGGCUGAACCCCUCCUACACCGGCUUCUACGGCGGCCUCGGCAACGUCGGCCAGCUGACCCCCGACUCCGCCUACCUCUUCGGCGCCGGCGGCCAGAUCGGGGUCGGCGGCGUCCGCGGAUACAACGGCGGCGGCGGUGGCUACAACUACGGACUGGGCGCCUACAACCACGCCGGCGCAUCCUCCUUCUCCCUGGUUCUAAUUUUCACUUCGUUUUUGGUUUUGGCAUGCCUCCGCUUUUAGAUAUACCCGCUUCUCAUGUCCAUGUUCAUGCCACUGCGUUGUCGCACCUGUCAGACGAAACUGCGCAUCGGCGCUGCUCGCAAAAGUAACCUGUCUGCUGCGAUUUCUGUCCGCUGCAUUUCCGCUACAUUACAUGUCAAGCCAAUUGUACAUGCAUGUCUUGUGAUUGUAGCAAGAGCAACAUUAUUGACUUCUGA